CUACUCCUCCAUUUUAUUUUAUUUUUGCUUUGCAAGAUGCCAUCAACAGAGAUGCAUGUAUUGGAGGGUCAAUGGUCAAGUGGUCUUUGUGAUUGCUUCAAUGAUCCUAUAAACUGUGUGACUACUUGUUUUUUCCCUUGCAUCACCAUGGGGGAGAAUGCUGAGAUUAUAUCAAAAGGAGAAACAUCUUGUGUAGCAGCAACCACAAUUUACUUCUUGCUGUGCUCAAUAGGGUGCCAAGGUGGUUAUGGAUUUCAUUACAGAUCCAAAUUGAGAAAAUUGUUAGGUUUGCCAAAGGAAACAUGUAAAGAUAACAUAGUACAUGGAUGUUGUUGUUUUUGUGCAAUUUGCCAAGAGCAUAGAGAACUUAAACUCCAUGGAGCUGAUCCCACCAUGGGUUGGAAAGCAAAUGUAGAGAAUUGGAGAAGUCAAGUGGUAACUGUUCCUCCAUUCUUUGAACCACAAAUGAUGCGCUAGGCUUUUGUAGAGAUGGUGGAC